GUAACAGACGUUGUAGCUCCUCAGAGAAACAGGGAUGAUACGAUGCCGAAAUUUUUGUUUUCAAGGAUUAAGUUUUAUGAAAUUAAAGAUCUCAUGCAAAAUGUGAAGAGGCCAAGACGAAUCGAUAUUGUUCUUUAUCGAAAGAGACAAAAAAAGGACAUACAAUGCCUUAUGGUACAGAAAAUAAACAAGGAGACAAACCCUUCAAAACCAAGUUGGUGGACUGACAAUGAUCUACACCCAACUCUGGAAAAAAUGCUUCAGGAUAAAAAAUAUUUAGCGGCAUUUCGUGCCUUCCUGCAGUCGGAGUUCAGUGAAGAAAACAUCGAGUUCUGGCUCGCAUGUGAGGAUUUCAGGUCAACCGCCUCAUUGGAUGAUCUUCAUUGGAAAGCCGAAAAGAUCUACAAGGAGUUCAUUGAGCCUACGGCCUGCAGAGAGAUCAAUGUUGACUACCACAUUAAGGAAGACAUCAAGAAGUCUUUGGAAGAGCCGAGUCAUUCAUGCUUUGAUGAGGCUCAGAAACAUGUUUACCUGCUGAUGGAAAGAGACUCUUGGCCCAGAUUCCUGAACUCAGAUACCUACUUGAAUCUAAAUCUUAAGUCCAGAACUCUUUGGUACAUUUAGCUUAAAACAUGGCCAUUGAAACUCUGCACCAACCAUAGACUGUGUAUUAGAAGUGGAUCUAGCUAAUGGGACAUCAACUACUCAUUUGUUGCCUUGUGUUCGGCAUUGCGACCAUCAUCAUCUUGUUUUAUGGAACCAGUUGUUACCAUAAUUGGAGACAAAGAAAGCAAGGUUAGGUUAAAACUUUGUUCAAUUCAUCUUGGUUAACUCUAGACCCACAGGCUUCAGAGUUCUUGCUUUCUGUUAUGUCAGUGCCAACUACAGAGACUUUCUUUUGAAUGCAAUUUGUCAGGCAGCCAAUGUGGUUACAUGUUAAUAAAAAGGGAUCCACUGCUAUACCCUGACUUAUUCUCCAUUUUACUCUAAAUGGGACCAAAUUUUAAAUCAUCAUGCUGUUUUUAAAAAGACUCUGAACUUAAGAGAUAAUUGACUAAUAUGAAAAUAAUGACUGAGAUGAUAAAAGCACUCUGUGUGUUGACAUGCAGUAGAAAAGGUCAAAUUGUUGAAUUAGUCCAAUUACAACAGGACUUUUAUUAAAAUACAUAUAGAUCAUACUAAUCUGAAUUUCUCAAAGUUAGACCAACACAAAAAGAUAAUGCAUUUGGACAUGUUUUUCCUCUUGCAUUUACAUAUACACCUCAGUUGCACCCAAACUACAAUAGGUGUGUUGCACAUGCUCCACAGCAACUGUGCAAAGCUUUGACCCAAAAGUCAAAUGGCAGUAUAUGUAGCUUAACAGUUUUCAAAAUGUUCCGUGGCUUCUGAUAUCUCCUUUAGCAAGAGUAAGAACAUGCAUUACAUUUUCAGCACAAGUAAAGCCAAAAGUACGUACAAAAUGUAUAGAAAUGAAAAGCUGCCCAUGUCUUCACCAAUACACAAUCAGUUAUCAGUUGCUAACAUUAGCCUGGUCAACCAGAAGAAGAUCCAACAGCAGCUUCCUGAUUUGGGAUAUGUCACAACCUACUGUAGCACUGUCAGACAUACUUCCUCAAAUAUUUCACUUCUCUACUUGUCCUCUUAAACUGGGUCAAGCAUGGUAGUCCAGUUAGCCUUAUCAAGAUAUUGUUAAGAGCAGUCCAACAUCACUUUCCAUUCUAUGGAGUGUCCACAAUUCGAUUUGGGGUAGAAUAAAAACAGCCAGAGAAACACGUGUUUUCUGCUUCAAACAAUGAAGAAGUCAUAUUUUAAAAUGUUUGUGUGGCUUAAAUUAUCUUCUUAUAAAAGAAGAGUUCUGGGACUUUUGACUGAAACUAAAGUAAAGUUGUAAAAUGUGGUACAAAUGACUUUAAGCCAAAGAUAAAUCUACCUGUUUACAGAUUCCCCAUACAUUCACUGAAAUUUUAACAGCAUUUUAAAAGUUACCUCAAACUCAUUUAACAUGGUUAAAAAACAAACAGAGGGUAUGUGAUGUUAGUUACAACAUCUCUGGUCACAUGAUGAGAUCUUAUGUCCAGUUUGAUGGAGACCGUCUGAACAAAUGUUAUCAUACAACUAUAACUUUGAUGAUUUUAUAAUGUUAUGAAGUCAAUCCUUGUUCAGAAAAUUCAUCAUUUGUAUGUUUAACUCUCUACCCAUUGGAUUUGGGCUCCUAAUAACCAUUAAACUGUGGGGGUUUUUUUUGUAUUUGAAGCUUUUAAAUCACUUAAGACCCUGUCUUUCUCAUUAACCUCUAUUCAUUUUGAUGUUUUUUCAACCAGAAAGGGCAGGAUCAGCAUUAUUUUGGCAAAGUACAUGGGCAGAUUACUACUAUGAAUAACUUUACCUUCACUCAACUUUGCAUGUAAACAUAUCAACUGAGAAUUUGGCCCUACAUAACAACAAUACAGUUUCAAGAGCUUUGGCUCUGCUUGCCAGACCCAGAGGCUCUGUCCACUUCUAAUCUACAGUCUAUGGUAUCAACUGUUCUUCUUCAAUGCUUGUCUUUUUGUUCUUUCUUACUGUAUUUGGCUGAAUUUGAUAUUUAUUUCACACUGUUUGAGUUUGGAGGCAUGAUGUUUGAUGAAAUGUUGUUGAAUACAAACAAGUCAAACAACUUGAAGGAAAAAGUCAUGUGAGUGGAAAAAAGUAUGUGAAGUAGUGGAAAAAGUAUGAUGUCAUUAUCAGCAGUGCAGACAAUACAAAAGGAUGGAGUUGUUGGGAAUACAGUAUGUGCUACCUGAAUGUUUUUGUAAGUUUAGCUGGUGUUUCCAGUAUGAAGAAAUAAAGAAUGAUAAGUAAAUGGUUUCUGACAUGUGGA